AACCUCCUGAUAGAACGUAUAUAUUCGGUAGUCUUUUAACAUAAUCAUUUUUGUGCUUGAAAAUGCUUGAAAAUAAUAUGACUUAAAGAUGAGGAUUCAUCCUUUAUUGAGGUAAUUAAAUAAAGAAUAUCAUUUCAAUGAAACAAUUUCGUUCUGGAAUUUUGGAAAACGUGUGAUAGAGUGCAUCAUUAAAUUAUGAUCUAAACAAAAUCUGGUCAAAUACUUUAACGACUCUAACAGGUAUUUGAAGAUGAUUUGAAAAUAGAUACUGUUUUGCAAUGCCGUUUUUGGAUUGUUUUAUCUUUUGUUGGUUUUUCGGAAUACUUCUAAAUACUCAAGGAUUGCUGAAAGGAAAAUUUAAAUCAUAGACUAUUAAGGAAAAUGUUGUCACUGUAGUUACCCGACUAUCUUUAACAAUGGAUGAAUAUUAUAAACAGUUUCCUUCACCCGGAAGCCGGAACUGGCUUAAGGGGUCAGUUGCUGUUAAUAUUACCAAAAGAGGACUUGCACCGUUUGCUUGUAAGGUAUACGAUGAAAUUCGCGUUGAAAAGUUAAAAAUAGCAUUAAAACAACAUUUUCCUGACCUCUGUGCGAAUUGCUCAAUUGUUGAAGCUAUACCAUGUGACCCUAACAACAACAUAUGUAAUCCAGGAAAAUGCCGUUUUCACAAGGGGCGUGUUUUUCGUCCGUGCCUUGUAGUAAAAUGUAACGAUUAUCGUAACACUGUUACCGACAAAAUCCAGAAAGGUAUCGAUAUAGGUUGCAAGAGUUGCAGGACAGCUGAAAUUGUACAGUGUUAUCAAAGAAAUAAAGUCUGCAAUUCGGGAAAAUGCAAAUUCCAUAUGGAUCCAAAUACGAAACAAUUCAUUCCUAUAAGGCCAUGCCCGAAUAAGAUUUGUGAUACGCUCCGGGAUGCCAUACAGCAGACACACAGAUUUGGAAAUCCAUCAUGGAAGAACACCGAUGCAAGGAAAUGGUGUGUAAACGGUUGGGGUAUUGCCAAGUGCUUUAUGCCUCCAGAUGGCUACGCAAAUGUGGACAAUGAAAACGACACUGACUUGAACGGGAUAAUAAGUGUCUUCAUCAACUGCAAAGAAUUUCAGCAGUAUUUUACAGCCGACUUGUCCAAUUUACAGAACAUCUGCUCCAAGGUCCGCGAUGUCGGAAAGAAUAUUCGCCAUGCACCUGGAUUGGAAGUUACUGACGAUGACUUGAAAGUCUGGCUAUCUGAUCUGAAAGCAUUGUUUUCUGACCCAACAUUCAACAAUGGCAAUCCCCUUGCAAAAGACGCACUAGACCAAUUGCAACAGCUGGAGAAUGACGAACUUAUCAUAGAGCGCUCCGAGGUUGUGGUGGCCAUAAAGGACUCGGUUGAUUACCUGCGAACGCUUCCUGUCCAUUCAAAUCGAGAAACACUUGAACUACAGAGCCGAAUUGAUGACCUGGAAGUGAAGGUGCAAGACAUACUUAAACAAAUGGAACCUUCUGGGAUGGGCAGAUUUAAAUCGGAAUUAAAAGAAAGCCUUAUUAAGUAUCACCGGGACAACACCUGCACGUACAUGAUUGGCCCCUUCGUUGAAUCUGGAGUGUUCGGACUUGAGGACUUCUAUGUUCCUCCAAACAUUAGCAGAGUUAUUCUUCAAUCGAGACAGAAAUACGUUACAUCGGAAGAACCUCUGACAAGUUUGGAACAGAUGUUAAGCUCCAACCGAAUUAUCAUUCUUUCUGCAGACGCCGGCGUAGGAAAGACAACGUUUUGUAAGUCUUUAGUUACGUUAUGGUGCGCGGUACAAGAGGGAAAGACCAAUCCGUUAGCGAAGUUUAGUCACUCUCAAAACUUUUUCAAUGACAUUGCAUAUUUAGCUGAGUUUACAUAUUUAUUUUACAUCCAGUUACGGGGAAACAAAUGCGAUAAACUAGAGGAUAUAAUUUUCUCUCAUACAGAAUUAGUUGACACAGAAUUGACAAGGGAUAACAAGGCUUUUUGUGAUUUGUUAUCGAACGAAACAGGUUUGGUAAUUUUAGACGGAUUAGAUGAAUGUGACAUUCCUAUUAUUAGUCCCUUAGCAACAAAUAGAAAGUAUACUGUUCUCAUUACAUCACGUCCGUGGAAACUUGCAAAUAUAGAUAUGCCCAGUACAGGUAUAUAUACACAUGCACAGAUUAACGUUAUUAGCCGGGGUGUGUCCGAGCAACUUGUUGAUCAUUUGAACAAUUGUUUGAACAAGCAUUUUAGCACCUCAUAUAAUGCCGGAGAUUUCUUAUCUGCUAUUAAAAAACAACAUUUGGAACAAUUUCUCCAAAAUCCAAUGUUAGCCUCGCAGUUGUUAUGUGUUUAUCACGAGAAACGCAUUCAGAAUAUAGCAUGUCUUGUGAAUACAGCCGUGGAUAGUACAUGUCCAGACUACGGUACAACGUCAAAAUCUCGUAAAAAGGAUUUGACGUUCUUUGGUAAGACAAGGUCGCAUAUAUACGCAAAUAUGAUAGAACUGAUGUUUCGAAGAGUCGAGAAAAAGGACAAGUCACUCGUACAAGGUUUGAGUGAGCUAUAUAAGAGCGAUGAUCGAACACAUACCCUCCCCGAAUGCUUUGAUGAUAGAAAUUACACAUGCAGUGGAUUAGCAGUACUAAUAAACGGUAUUGGAAAAUUGGCAGCCUAUUCACUCGUAGACGAUGAUAACUCUUUGAUAGAAGAACAUCAAAUGCGAAUAUUGAAGAAUGAGGAAAAGACGGUUCUUCUCAAAUCUGGAAUUCUUUCGAUAACAAGCUUGAAAACGAUAUCAGGAGAAAGCAUGCUGUACACAUUUAUACAUCAAACUUAUAAAGAGAUGCUUGCCUGUGUAUUUCUAUCUUCUCUGGAUUUUCAUAAUAAUUUAUGGAAAAUGUUUAUAAACAGAUUUGAAUCUGUUAUGACACCCGAUAUAUUGUCAUUUUUAUGUGUCAUGAACUACGAACAAGGUUGCAAGUGUUUAGAUAUGUUUAAUGAAAAGAAACGGCUGUUUUUUAGAGGCGGCUUUUUUCACGAGUCCGAACUUAGAGACUAUCAAUCUACAAUUACAAUGACCUACAAGGAAUGUUGCGACAAUGGAAUAAAAAAGCCUCGAAUAACAUUGAAACACGCACAAAUCGGCUCAGAUUUAGGAAUUGACAAUGAUCAUGCACUUUUGCAAGGAAACAGUAUUAAGUUGGAAACAAUUUUAAUAAAAAAGUAUACGCUUUCCAUAGCAAAUAAUUCAAACUUAUUCCAAACCUCAUUGACGCAUUUAUGGCUAAACGAAGCUACGUUAAACGACGAUGACCACAUCGUCCUAUCGAAAUGUGCACAUCUCUCUAAAAUAUAUAUAACAGACAGCCGCAUUACACACGUCACCAUCAACCCGUCUUCCAUAGAGGAGUUCUGGGUUUACUUGAAACCAGAACUGAUACAAGAGAUACCGCCCAUGCAGGUAUCCUUUGUUGGCGGGUCGCAGUUCUCUAACAGUCUACGAAAACUCAGUUUAGUGCACGUUACCAUGGAUGUUCCCCUUGAUUUGUCAAAUUGUCAAGAGCUAUAUCAAUUAAAUAUAGGAACAUCCUCAACUGAAAAUCAGACUGGAAAUUGCAUCAUAUACAACAUGCAAUGCUGUAAUGCACUACAGAAACUGCGACUUCUCAAAUUACAAUUCUCUACAGAUACACACCUGAAUCUGAGCGGUCUCAGACAUCUCUCUAAGGUAAUUAUAGAGAACAGCCGCCUUACACACGUCACCAUCAACCCGUCUUCCAAAGAGGAGUUCUGGGUUUACGUGAAGCCAGAACUGAAACAAGAGAUACCGCCCAUGCAGGUAUCCUUUGUUGGCGGGUCGCAGUUCUCUAACAGUCUACGGAGACUCAGUUUAGUGCACGUUACCAUGGGUGUUCCCCUUGAUUUGUCAAUUUGUCAAGAGCUAUAUGAAUUAAUUAUAGAAAAUUCCUCAACUGAAAAUCAGACUGGUAAUUGCAUCAUAUACAACGUACAAUGCUGUAAUGCACUACAGGAACUGAUACUUCGCACAUUACAAUUCCCUACAGAUACACACCUGGAUCUGAGCGGUCUCAGACAUCUCUCUAAGGUAACUAUACACAGCAGCCGCCUUACACACGUCACCAUCAACCCGUCUUCCAUAGAGAAGUUCUGGGUUUACGUGAAACCAGAACUGAUACAAGAGAUACCGCCCAUGCAGGUAUCCUUUGUUGGCGGGUCGCAGUUCUCUAACAGUCUACGGGAACUCAGUUUAGUGCACGUUACCAUGGGUGUUCCCCUUGAUUUGUCAAUUUGUCAAGAGCUAUAUGAAUUAGUUUUAGAAAAUUCCUCAACUGAAAAUCAGACUGGUAAUUGCAUCAUAUACAACAUGCAAUGCUGUAAUUCACUACAGGAACUGCAACUUGACACAUUACAAUUCCCUACAGAUACACACCUGGAUCUGAGCGGUCUCAGACAUCUCUCUAAGGUAGCUAUACAGAACAGCCGCCUUACACACGUCACCAUCAACCCGUCUUCCAUAGAGGAGUUCUGGGUUUUCUUGAAACCAGAACUGAUACAAGAGACACCGCCCAUGCAGGAACUGCGACUUGACACAUUACAAUUCCCUACAGAUACACACCUGGAUCUGAGUGGUCUCAGACAUCUCUCUGAGGUAGCUAAACAGAACAGCCGCCCUACACACGUCACCAUCAACCCGUCUUCCAUAGAGGAUUUCUGGGUUUUCUUGAAUCCAGAACUGAUACAAGAGACACCGCCCAUGCAGGAACUGCGACUUCUCAAAUUACAAUUCCCUACAGAUACACACCUGGAUCUGAGCGGUCUCAGACAUCUCUCUAAGGUAACUAUACAGAACAGCCGACUUACACACGUCACCAUCAACCCGUCUUCCAUAGAGGAGUUCUGGGUUUACUUGAAGCCAGAACUGAUACAAGAGAUACCGCCCAUGCAGAAACUGAUACUUCUCACAUUACAAUUCCCUACAGAUACACACCUGGAUCUGAGUGGUCUCAGACAUCUCUCUAAGAUAACUAUACAUAACAGCCGCCUUACACACGUCACCAUUAACCCGUCUUCCAUAGAGGAGUUCUGGGUUUACUUGAAACCAGAACUGAUACAAGAGACACCGCCCAUGCAGGAACUGCAACUUGACACAUUACAAUUCCCUACAGAUACACACCUGGAUCUGAGCGGUCUCAGACAUCUCUCUAAGGUAGCUAUACAGGACAGCCGCCUUACACACGUCACCAUCAACCCGUCUUCCAUAGAGGAGUUCUGGGUUUACGUGAAGCCAGAACUGAAACAAGAGAUACCGCCCAUGCAGAUAUCCUUUGUUGGCGGGUCGCAGUUCUCUAACAGUCUACGGAGACUCAGUUUAGUGCACGAACUGAUACUUCGCACAUUACAAUUCCCUACAGAUACACACCUGGAUCUGAGCGGUCUCAGACAUCUCUCUAAGGUAACUAUACACAGCAGCCGCCUUACACACGUCACCAUCAACCCGUCUUCCAUAGAGGAGUUCUGGGUUUACUUGAAACCAGAACUGAUACAAGAGACACCGCCCAUGCAGGAACUGCAACUUGACACAUUACAAUUCCCUACAGAUACACACCUGGAUCUGAGCGGUCUCAGACAUCUCUCUAAGGUAAUUAUAGAGAACAGCCGCCUUACACACGUCACCAUCAACCCGUCUUCCAUAGAGAAGUUCUGGGUUUACUUGAAACCAGAACUGAUACAAGGGACACCGCCCAUGCAGGAACUGCGACUUCUCAAAUUACAAUUCCCUACAGAUACACACCUGAAUCUGAGCGGUCUCAGACAUCUCUCUAAGGUAACUAUACAGAACAGCCGACUUACACACGUCACCAUCAACCCGUCUUCCAUAGAGGAGUUCUGGGUUUACUUGAAGCCAGAACUGAUACAAGAGAUACCGCCCAUGCAGGAACUGCAACUUGACACAUUACAAUUCCCUACAGAUACACACCUGGAUCUGAGUGGUCUCAGACAUCUCUCUAAGGUAAUUAUACAGAACAGCCGCCUUACACACGUCACCAUCAACCCGUCUUCCAUAGAGGAGUUCUGGGUUUACUUGAAACCAGAACUGAUACAAGAGAUACCGCCCAUGCAGGAACUGCAACUUCUCAAAUUACAAUUUCCUACAGAUACACACCUGAAUCUGAGCGGUCUCAGACAUCUCUCUAAGGUAACUAUACAGAACAGCCGACUUACACACGUCACCAUCAACCCGUCUUCCAUAGAGGAGUUCUGGGUUUACUUGAAGCCAGAACUGAUACAAGAGAUACCGCCCAUGCAGAAACUGAUACUUCUCACAUUACAAUUCCCUACAGAUACACACCUGGAUCUGAGUGGUCUCAGACAUCUCUCUAAGAUAACUAUACAUAACAGCCGCCUUACACACGUCACCAUCAACCCGUCUUCCAUAGAGGAGUUCUGUGUUUACGUGGAGCCAGCACUAAUACAACAGAUACCGCCCAUGCGGGUGUCCGUUGUUGGCGGGUCGCAGUUCUCUAGCAAACUUACGAUGCUAAACGGUCAACAGUUGAGGAAGUUAAAUUGGCGAUUGAGUGUUUGCGACAGCAUUGGAAAGUAA